AGACAACGUCUGCCCCCCUUAGAUUUCAGCACGCUUUAUAUUCGUUUUUGAGUAGGGAGCCAGACGAAGCUAGCUGAGCGGUGCUGACAUGUUUAUUUUCUCGUAUAUAUUUUUACGGUUUUUCACGAUUAAUUGCGAGGAUCGGAAGAAGUAAACACAGCCAUUGUUACAGUUACGAUGUUCCAAGAUUGUUCCCGGAGAUUGUACCACUGCCGGAAAGCACUGUACGCCUACUCUCCUAAAGUGUGGCUAUCGUGAAUCUUAUGGGAAUUUGUGUAGUACUCUGCACUGAUUAAGGAAUGGAGCCAGUUUCUUUUAAUGGCUAUGUCAGCUGGCUUGUGAAGACUGAUGAGCACGACAGAUUUCAGCCGUAGCCCUUAACACGCAGCUGUUGAGCUCUGAGACAUAUGUCUCAAGGCUUUGGAAGUACAUCAGUUUGAUUUUAAGACGGAAUCUCAAAGCCUGAUUGACCAUUCCAGUGGAUUGACAUUUUUCUGUCGGAAUUUCUGCCAUUUUUCCAAUCUAAACGAACUGUUGGACAUAAUCUAAUUACAUUGGUUCAACUGGUCUUUCCUGGAUGGAAGCCAAACAAUUUUCAGCAGCCAAAAAUUGUCCGCCCAAGUACAAGAAAAAAGCCUGUUGUAAUUGCUGAACCCAACGAACCAGACGAGCCGUGGUUGUUUUCGGUGCAUUUCCACAGCGCUUGAAUGUAUUUUCAGUUAUCAGGCUUAAUCGGACUGAAGGCGCACCGAUUCAAGAAAAGCAGAAGCAUGGAUGAGUGCGAGCGACAGACCCUUGCCGUGUCUUCACUCGGGCGCGCGUGCGGGAACACUUAAUGGAUUUGUGUGUGGGUAUUUCUUGAAAAUUCUACGUCAUCGACACAAAGUGCAUGAAGCGCAGCAAUUAAGUUGCAACAGGAACACUCGUGUUGCAUCACCGGUAACCUCGUCUUUGUCGCGCCAACAAUGAAGCAAGUGGGGCUGUUGUCGGCCGGCUGCCAGCCGUGGAACAGCGAUGUGGUGGCUACCAGCGGAGACCGGUUUGCCUAUUGUGCGACGCUGGCAAUUUAUGUGUACCAGCUGGACCGUAAUCUCAACGAGUUCAAGCUCCACGCCAUCAUGUCCGAGCACAAGAAGACGGUCACGGCCAUCCGGUGGCACCCCCGCAGACCCGACCUCUUCGCCAGCGCGGGCUGCGACAAUCGCCUCUACCUGUGGGACGUGGCGCAAGAGUGCACGGUAGCCAUGGUGGAGUACGCAAAAUGCGCGCCAAAGUGCAUAGACUGGUGCCUGCUAGAGCAGGACUCAUUGACUUUCAUCCAUGGCCGGGGGCCUCUCAUGUUGUGGCCGUUCAGCCGGGGAGGGGAGCUGUCCCCGCACCGCGAGGCUCAGGGGUUCGCCUCGGACGUCUGCAAGUUCCGCUGGCACCACAGGGGCAUCGGGAAGGCCGUGUUUGGCCACGCGGACGGGAGCUUGUCAUUUCUCAAUGCUGGUAGUAAAUUUUACAAGCAUGUCAUGAGACCAGAGCCCACCAAUGGCUCGGAAGAGGACGAUCCCGUGAUAGAUUUGGAGUGGGACCCCCUGUCAGACGACUACCUCCUGGUGGCCAAUAAGCGCCUUGGCGUGCGGAUGAUCGACGGUGCCUCGCGGACGGCGUUCAUGAAGUUUGAGCUGCCUAGUGCCAUGGCGACUGUGAAGACGUUAGCGUGGGUGCCUUCUGCACCGGGCAUGUUUGUAACAGGAGAUACCAACUCAGGAGUACUCCGACUAUGGAGCGUCUCCAAAUCCUCCCCGAUCCUCAGUCUCAGUCUCAAGAAGAUGGGCUUCCACGCCCUCAAAGUCUUCAGCACUUCCCCUAACAUAACCUCCUCCAAGCAAUCGGACACGCCCCUCCACAGAGACGUCUCCUCCACCAGCCAGGCAUCCCCGCCGCCGAGUGCAAACACCCUGAACUCCUAUACGUUACCACCGGGCCACGCGGUCUGCACAUUCCUGGACGGGGGUGUCGGGUUGUACGACUUUGGGAAGAGGAGGUGGGACUUUCUCAGGGAGCUGGGUCACGUAGAGACGAUCUUUGAUUGCAAGUUCAAGCCAGAUGACGCCAAUCUGAUUGCCACUGCCUCGUUUGACGGAACUAUGAAAGUCUGGGACGUCAACACACUCACUGCUGUCCAAACAUCACCCGGGAAUGAAGGGGUCAUCUAUUGCUUGUCAUGGGCACCAGCUGAUCUGAACUGCAUUGUGGCAGCCACGUCUAAGAACGGAGCCUUUAUUUGGGACCUGACAAAAGGGCGAAUUCUCAAGAGGUUUAUGGAGCACGGUAAGAACAGCGUGUUCUCUGUGGCCUGGAACCAGAAGGAUCCCAAGAGGAUAGCCUCGUGUGGAGGGGACAACUACUGUAUCGUUCGAGAAGCAGACGGCAAGUUGCUACAGAAGUACAAACACCCUGCCUCGGUCUUUGGCUGUGACUGGAGCCCCAAUAACAAGGAUAUGAUUGCCACAGGGUGCGAGGAUGGCAAAGUCCGAGUCUUCUACAUCGCCACGGCAACCGAUCAACCAUUAAAGGCAUUUCUGGGCCACACUGCAAAAGUCUUCAACGUGAAAUGGUCCCCACUUCGAGAGGGCAUUCUUUGCAGUGGGUCGGAUGAUGGGACGAUACGAGUAUGGGAUUACACCCAAGACAGCUGUGUCAUAGUACUGGAAGGACACGGGGCACCAGUCCGAGGGCUGCUCUGGAACCCAGAGAUCCCGUACCUAUUAAUAUCAGGAAGCUGGGAUUACACAAUAAGGGUCUGGGAUACAAGGGACGGAGCCUGCCUAGACAACAUUCUAGACCACGGCGCCGACGUCUACGGUCUGACCUCUCACCCAAACCGGCCGUUUGUCCUGGCCUCCUGCUCACGGGACUCCACCCUGAGGAUUUGGUCCCUGGCCCCACUGGUCACCACACUGCAACUCAGUAUCAUCGCUAGGAAGCCAUUAGAGGAGGUCAUAGGCACGGCAGAGCACUCCAUGGCAAUGAGUACAUCAACCGUCAUGGCGGGCCGCAUGUCGCGGGAACUGAGGCUGAAGUUGGAGCAGUACAAGGGGGACCUGGAUCACAAUGUGGCCUUACGAUGGUACUCUCAUCUCUUCGCACCACCGGGUGGUUCCCGAAUCCUGUGGGAGUUGGUGUCCGUCCUGAAUGGUCAAGAUGACAGCUUGCUGCCUGACGACUACAGCAAAGGAAUCAUGCACGCUAAGCAUCUCAUCAAAUUCAAAGCUUCAGAAGCCCAGGAGUUGGAGAUGGUCAAGAUGACCCGCCCUACCUCGUCAGGGACCGGUGUCAAAGGUCGCGAGGACAAACUCCGGGAGGCGGCCAACGUCCACAUCAGACUGGGCCAGGUCCAGCGCUACUGUGAACUCAUGGUGGAAAUACACGAGUGGGAGAAAGCCUUGUCCGUCGCGCCCGCUGUAUCAAUGGACUACUGGAAAAAACUCACAGAAAGAUAUGCAAAUUUUCUUGCCUCCGAGAGCAGCAACGAUUGUGUGCCUUAUUACAUUGCAACGGGAAACAUCCAAAGACUGGUCGACUACUUCAGUUUGCACAACCAGUUGAAAGAUGCCAUGUUAGUCGCACAAGUAGCGUGCGAGGAGGGCAUCGCUCCAACGACAAGUGGGCGCGCAGGGCCGAGCAUACCAAACGAGGACCAGAACGGCGUAGCGGAGCCUACGGAGGAAAACGUCCAACGUGUGAAUGACGUGAGCUGGAAGCUUGCUGAGCUGUACUUCCAGGACGGCCACCCUAUCAUGGCCGCUUGCUGUCAUCUUGCCGUGGGAAAUACAAGGUGUGCCCUGUCUAAACUGAUCCGCGGACACGAGCUGGAGCUAGCAAUAAGUGUGGGUAGGGCACUAGAGGGCAGCAGACAUCCGGAUUUAAUCGCCAUGGCCACGCAGUAUCUCACUCGGCGCUGUCAGAGGUUGGGCAAAUGGGAUCUCGGACUGGACCUACAGUCAACGCUUCCCAAUCAUGAAGACUUGAUGAUUUGUUUGUGCGCACGCUGCGUGUCCUGCUCUACAGAGGUCAACUACCUCCAUCAAAAGGCCGGCCUUCCCAGCACCACUGAAUGCACGCAGAAGGCCCAGGAGUUGGAGGCUAAUGGGGACGUGGAGUGCGUCAAGUACUACCUCCUGUCUACGACACCAGAGAGGGCGCUGGAGCUGGGAAUCACCAAGAUCACUGAUAAAAUGUGUGAAAGAAAUUGGACGUUACAAGACGUGCUGCCAAUGAUCACGCUACUGACCAACAUACGCAAUGAUGUCUUACUGCAAAAGAGUGCUACCAAAGAGAGAACUGAGUUACUGCUCUUGAGCCACUACCUCGGGGCCUUGAGAGCAAUACGCAGGGGCUACAACAGCAUCGUCCUGCCUCUCCUACGGCAGUCCAGGCACAUGUUGACGAAGAAAGACUUGGACGCGGAGGUUGCCGUUCCGCUAUCUGAGGAACAAGUGAAGAAUGAGCUGGAGGCAUGGACAGCGCAAAGGCAGUAUGAAGAAAGGAAACUGGGUUCCCCUGACGCCAGUCCACCCAGCGAAGCACAGGCGGCCAUCUACAGUGCGCUGAUGCAGCGUGCCGGGUCCGAGGAGACUGAGCUGGAAUGCGGCGUCGACCUGGUGGCCGGCUCCCGGCUACCCUGCCAUUCAGACGUCCACACAUCCCUCCUGACGGGCGCCAGGAUUCAGGGUCCCGUAUUUUUCCUGGAGGAUGGCAAGUCCGCCAUCGCUCUCAACGAUGCCUUGAUGUGGGCAAAGGUCAAUCCCUUCUCACCGCUGGGUACCGGUGCAACUAUCAAUCCAUUCUGAUGGGUACCAGUCAAUAUGGUGAAUCUGCUGAUGGGAACCGACGCAGGUAUCAAUCUAUUGUGAAGGGUACCGCUCAAUCAAGUCAGUGAGGGAACAUGGGAACCAGUGCAACAAUCAAUUCAUUCUGAUGGGUACCAGUCAUUCAGGUCAGUCUGCUGAGAACCGGUGCAACUAUCAAUCCAUUCUGAUGGGUACCAGUCAAUAACGUCAGUCUGCUGGGAACCGAUGCAACUAUCAAUCUAUUCUGAUGGGUACCAGUCAGUAAUUUAGUCUGCUGGGAACUGGUGCAACUAUCAAUCCAUUCUGAAGGAUACCAGUCUAUCAAGGCAGUCUGCUGAGAAUCAAUGCAACCAGCAAUCCGUUCUGUUGGGUACCAGUCUAUCAACCAAUGCAACCAACAAUCUGUUCUUUUGGGUACCGGGCAAUGAAGUCAAUCUGCUACGAACCGGUCCAACUGGCAACCCACUCUGACCUGUACCGGUCUAUAUUGUCAGUUUGCUCAGAACCGGUGAAAAUAUUAAUCCAUUUUGAUGGGUACCAGUCGAUCAGGGGCAAAAUGGAUUACCUUAAUAUGCAUUGGUCGUUACUGGUUCCAGGCUAAGUUUUUGAUCAAUAAGAAAAUUUGUUAAAAAGCAAAAUUUUCUCCUAAUUAUAAGCAGCUAGGGGCCCAUGAAAUCAGCCCAGGCUUGGCCCAUCUGUGGAAGCUCACAGUG